UUGAAUUGUUACCAAACAGCAUGAAGCUUCGAAGAGACAACACUUACACCAUUCCACAUUUGUUCGUGCUUUUGAUUAUCUUGUUACAUCCAGCAUCAACAAGGGCUCAAGAAGUUGAGGACGAGAGAGAGUUUGAUUACAUUGAAGGAAGUGAAAAGGGUCCUCGUCAAUGGGGAGAAUUAAAAGAAGAAUGGGCAACUUGCAAAAAUGGAAAGAUGCAAUCUCCCAUAGACUUGUCAUGUGCCAGAGUCAAAAUUAUCCCUUACUGUCACCAACUCCACACCGAUUACAAAUCUUCUAAUGCCACUAUCAUCAAUAGAGGCCAUGAUAUUGCCGUAUAUUGGAAGGGUGAUGCUGGCUCAAUACGCGUCAAUGGAACUGAAUUCUUUCUGAAACAAUGUCAUUGGCACUCUCCUUCUGAACAUUCCAUCAAUGGAAGGAAGUAUGACUUAGAGAUGCACAUGUUGCAUGUAAGUCCAGAUAACAAGAUUUUUGUGGUUGGUGCUUUCUAUAAGAUUGGUCAUCGCCGUGAUCGUUUUCUCUAUCAGUUGGAGAAAGACAUAAAGCACUUAGUUGAUGAAGUAGAAGAAAGAGAAAUUGGAGAGACAAAUCCCUCACAUGUACAGACACGAGGCAAAAUGUAUUACAGAUACAUUGGCUCACUCACCACUCCUCCUUGCACUGAAGGUGUCAUAUGGAACAUUGAUAGAAAGAUAAGAACAGUUUCGAAAGAGCAAGUGAGGCUUUUGAGGGAGGCAGUGCAUGACCAUGCAGAGAGGAAUGCAAGGCCAAGACAGGCACGUAACAAUCGAGAUAUAAUAUACUUUCGAUACAAACGCAGAGCAAAGCCAAAAUAUUAAAUGCUUAUGCGACACAAAGCAUGAUGAUGUUUAGAGCUGAGAGCUCCCAUAUUGUUGUCAUAUGAUAGAAAUAUUAGUAGCUUGGUGGCUCAUAUAUGCUUGGAAAUUACUCAAUGACUCUUACUCAUAAGAAAAUCACACUA